GAUAGACAAAUACAUUUUUGUUCAUCGAAGAGGGAUGUAUUUGGCUGGAACUUGUCACUGAAUGUAUACAUGUUCAUGUGAUAAUGACAGAAAGUUACUGAUUGAUGCUCUGCCACCAUUUGUUACUGCAACAUAUAAAGCACCUUCUGUUGUCAUUUAUGACAAUGCUUGCAAUUUGUAUACAUACUUCUUGAAUAGAGAUCUAUGUUUCAUUCAGAAGACUAGAUUUUAUGUUGAUCGUCUUCAUUGGAAGAAUCACACUGGUUGCUCCAGGGCAUACAACCUAGAUGAGUAUUCAGAAUGGUGCCAUUUGAAUAGCCAAGUGGUAGAGCAAUCUAAUUCCAGAGUGAAGAAAUUGAUAAUCUACUAGUACAGUAUGAUGGUGUGGCUUUGUAUGUUUGUGCACAAAUCUUCUCUCAACAAGUCCGUACAGAAAACAUUUAGGUCACGUAAUGUUUGUUUAUAUGCAGUAACCCCAUAUGUUGUUUUCAUUAAAUAUCAUUAGAUAUAUUGCUAAAUAUUAUUUUGGAAAGUGUUUGCAGUUCAUGUUUUUAUUUGUAUGAGGGCCC